UCACCUCCCCUUAAGGUGACAUGUUUGGUGAGGCAUGGAUGCCCCCUCUCCCCAGCAUUAUGUAUUCUGUACGUGGAGCACCUUCAUGAAAUGCUGAGAGGGAAUCAACAGCUCAAGGGUCUUCCGCUGCCAAAUGGGGAGCAGAUUGUCUCCAGCGCAUUUGUGGAUGACACAGCGGCCAUAACGGAGAUCUGCAGCUCAGGCCAUGCGAUCGGAGCUUCGGGAAUUCGAGAUGUACGCAGGAGCGAAGGGAACUGGUACAAGUCUGUGGCCCUUCCGGCAGCCGCUCAGAAUGAGCAGCGCUUCUUUGAUGGCACUCAGAUACAGUCGGCUGGGGACCCUAUGAUGUACCUGGGGAUACUUAUGCCUGGGGUACUGAUUAAUGGAACACAGUUGGAAGAGAGGAUACGGCUGGCAAUACGCAGGCUGGAAAGAUGGGGAAGGCAAACUAAGGCAGGAGUGUUUGGUCGGGUUCUGAUCGUCAAUACCUGUACAAGCAACAUGCCAGGCCUCUGGCAGAGGAAACUUCCAGAGCACUGCAAGGGAGCAAUACCUGCAGCAAGUGAAAGGGGGAGCGAACGAACUAUAGAAGAAGAGCAUAUGCCGACAGAAGUGGAAGGGCCCUACAGGACAGCCACCCCCGUGUCGGAUGAGCUGGCUGGGGCAAGUGAAAGUGCCUUGACGGGGGAGGAGAGCGGUAGGGUGGAUAGGGCCAAUUUCGGGACGGACAGACAAGAGGAAUGGAUGGAGGAGGAAGGGCGGGAGGAGCCGGGAAUGCCUAUGUGACGGAGGAGACCUGUGGGUGGAGAGCGAGCAGCUGAAAGGAGCUGACGCUCUAACAAUGGUUGGCGUAUGAAGGUGGGGCGAGAGAAGGGAGGGAUAGGGGCCUGAGGGAAAGGGGCCCCACAAGAGGAUCUGUAUAUACAAACUGAGUGGUUACUGCGGAGUUGAACUGCCUCCAGGCUGAGAAUGACCGGGGCUUGGCUGUGAACUCGACUUGCCCCCAGGUGGAAUAAAGGAGCAAGAUAUGC